AUGGAGAACGAGAACAAAGCGCCCCGCAACCAAAUGAGGGAGCAUCAAGAAAGGGUUCAUAAGAUACCAGGUGCCCCGAAACUGCUACCAAAACAGGACGUAGGCUGGUUCGUCGAACAACCGUACAGCGAGGAGGCAGCCCUACAUGCCAUACGCAAGACCUUAAAAAUGCCACCAUAUUUGAAGAUAUAUGACGGCACAACAGACCCCAAAGAUCACAUCAUUCAUUACAUCACAGCAAUAAAAGGCAACGACCUCUCAAAAGAGAAGGUACCAUCAGUGUUGCUGAAGAAGUUCGGCAAAACAUUAACAGGGGGAGCCUUAACAUGGUACUCACAAUUACCAGCCCGUUCAAUAACGACGUUCAAGGAAAUGGCUGACAAGUUCAUCACCGCCCACGCUGGGGCUAAGAAGGCGGAGGCCAGGGUGAAUGACAUAUUCGUCGUCAGACAAUCGCUUGGCGAGGGACUAAGGGACUUUCUCGUCCAGUUAAACAUAGUAAGAAUGAGCUUGCCAAAUGUAUCGGAAUGGAUGGCGGUGGUAGCUUUCCAAAAUGGGUUGAACAGGAAUGGGUCGAAGGCGACCAGAAAGUUGUUAAGAAGGCUCAUGAAAUAUCCUCCCACCACUUGGGAAGAAAUUCUCCACGCCUAUUACGCCGAGGUGAGAGCAGAAGAGGACGACCUCAACGGACCAACCCAACGGCUAACGUCAGUCCAAACGGAGUCGAGGAAAGACCGUCGUAAUGACGGCCGAAGAGACCAUUCAGGUCCCGCCUCAACCGGGAUAGGCACCAACCAUAUGUCAUAA